CAGCUCACUGGAGACCAGUAAAACCCAGUACAGCCCAGUAUAACCUCCUGGAGACCAGUAUAAACCAGUACAGCCUGGUAUAGCCCACUAUGGGACCAGUAUGACCCAGUACAGACCAGUAUAACCCAGUACAGCCCACUGGGGACCAGUAUAACCCAGUACAGCCCAGUGGAGAACAAUAUAAGCCAGUACAGCCCAGUAUAACCCAGUACAGACCAGUGGGGACCAGUAUAAACCAGCACAGAGCAGUAUAACCCAGUACAGCCCAGUAUAACCCACUGUCAGACCAGUAUAAAGGUGCCAGAAAAAAAGCCCUUAGCCUCCAACUCUCCUGUGCAGUCGGUGAGCCACCCUUGGCACUCCAUGCACAAAUGGAGCUUCCUGCGCUGGCACCUUUUGUCUUUGAGGAAUCUUCAUUCUUAGUCCAUCCGGGGACCCAGACAGGCCAUUUCAGCGCGGGCCUUUGGACACCAAACCAAUGACGUUCCGGGCAGGAAAUAAAGGCAAUGGUUGGGAACGGUUUCCUUUCGCGGGCUUCCCCGAUAUUGGUCCUUGCUUUCGCGGGCUCCAUCUCACCACCUGAGCUCAGCCAAUGUUUUGGUUAGACCAAUGUUUUGGUUAGACCAUAGUCCUUAGUGUCUGCCACCUGGAAAUUUCCAGAGGGGUAAAAACACUGAAAAGAAGAAGUCAGCAAGGUGGAUUGGGUGAUCAGGUGCAUUUCUCUCUCAGAAGAGAUGGUCCUGGUCAUGAAACUUCUGUUCCUCACCUGCCUGUGGCCAACAGCAACACUACACAGCUCUCACAGUCAGCACCACCACCUUCAUCGUCGGCAGCAAUUGUCUUUCUCAAGAAAACAUACCAGCAAACGAGAAAUUAAAAUGAGGAAACUUGACAGCACCAAAGUACGGCCACUUAAAUCUGAGCAGCUGCUUCACAUAGAGGACCAUGACUUUGCACUGAGACCUGGAUUUGGAGGUUCACCAAUACCUGUGGGCAUCGAUGUGCAGGUAGAAAGCAUUGACAGCAUAUCUGAAGUUGACAUGGACUUUACAAUGACUUUGUAUCUCAGACACUACUGGAAGGACGAGAGGCUUUCAUUUCGCAGUAACAAAAACAAGAGCAUGACCUUCGAUGGGCGACUGAUAAAAAAGAUCUGGGUACCUGAUGUGUUUUUUGUGCACUCCAAAAGAUCUUUCAUCCACGAUACAACUGUGGAAAACAUCAUGCUCAGAGUAUUCCCUGAUGGCAACGUUCUCUUCAGCCUGAGAAUAACUGUUUCUGCUAUGUGUUUCAUGGACUUCAGUAGGUUUCCUCUGGACACUCAGAACUGUUCUUUAGAACUGGAAAGCUAUGCAUACAAUGAAGAUGAUCUGAUGUUGUACUGGAAACACGGAAACAAGUCCUUGACCACAGAUGAGCAAAUCUCCCUCUCCCAGUUUUUCAUCGAAGAAUUCAGUGCUUCCAGUGGAUUAGCUUUUUACAGCAGUACUGGUUGGUACAACCGACUUUUUAUCAACUUUGCCCUCCGGAGACACAUUUUCUUUUUUGUGCUGCAAUCCUAUUUUCCAGCCAUGCUGAUGGUGAUGCUGUCUUGGGUUUCAUUUUGGAUUGACAGAAGAGCUGUUCCUGCCAGAGUAUCACUAGGUAUAACGACAGUGCUGACAAUGUCAACCAUCAUGACAGGAGUAAGUGCCUCAAUGCCUCAAGUGUCUUACAUAAAGGCUGUGGAUGUGUAUUUAUGGAUCAGCUUCCUUUUUGUCUUCCUGUCCGUCAUUGAAUACGCAGCAGUGAACUAUCUCACCACAAUUGAAGAGAGAAAGCAACUCAAAAAAAGGGGCAAGGCCUCAGGAGUGUACAUGGAUGCAGUGCAGGCCAUGGCUUUUGAUGGCUGCUUUCACGACACGGAUGUGGACAUGGACCUGUCUGGUUUCUCAGACCCCUGUGAGGACAAUGAGACUCGGACGAGUGAAACCAACAUCUCCAAUGUGGAAUCAACUCGCUUGAAGAGAUCUCUGAAGGGAAACGUGGGCAGGAUUAUUUUACAGAACAAUCACGUCAUUGACACGUAUUCCAGGAUUAUAUUUCCCAGUGUAUAUAUUGUAUUCAACUUUCUUUACUGGGGUUUGUACAUAUGAGCAAAAAUCCUUGUAAGCAAAACAUUAUUUUGAGUAUAAGAGAAGAAUCAUACUUUGAAAAUAAUGCAACAGCAGUAGAGGAAAGGGUUGAAAGUUUCCAAAACAGACUUCUGCCUCAAACCUGGGCUGGUUUGGUUAGCAGCAAAACUGCUAAUGAAAAACUGUCACAUCUGGUUCUUUUUCAGCUGGACUGUGCAGUGCUGCACCUGGGCAGUCCCAUGCAUAAGUUCAUGCUGCAGUAGCAUAGAUCAGUUUGGUCACUAAGGGAGCCCUUUCUCACACGCCUGAGCAGACAGCAGCUCCCACCUGAGGUAUUAAUCAGUCUCUGUCUACACUUAAACCAUUCCUCUUCAAUCAGCCUUUCUGGUUUUUUCUCCAUUUGUGGUCCAUUUUUGUAGGAAUUGGCACCAAUCAUCUUCAGGCAUCUCCUAUCCUUGUUUCAGCUGCUGCAUUUCAACUUUGCUGGGCAACCUGUGUGCAUCUCAGCAGCCUCUGUCCUCAGAUGGUAACCAGAGGGAAAGAUAUGGCUGAGCAGUGGAGUAGGGAUGAGGAGAAAGCAAGAAGCAAGGCUGAUGGGGCUUUGUAGGUUGUAUAUUGUCAACACCUCAAGAAAAACCUUUCCCCCUUGUCAAUUGUCCAUGAGCCCUCAUGGGACCUUUGUUUUGGAGAAAAUUUGCUCCCCAGUCCCUGAGGCAGCAGAGGAACAAUGUCCCAAACCCCGUGUCUUACAGCCACCUCCCAGCUGGAUGAGCAGCAUCCCUGACACGAGCUGUGCCCUUCCUGUGACACCCACACACCUCUGCCUCACAAAGACCUGCUGUAAUCACCUGCUUUCUGCAGAGCUGCCUGUGUGAGGAACGCAGGCUUUGAGACAGAGAUUUUAGAAAACUUUGUAAGGAGAACAAACCAACCACAUCUUCAGCAAAAUCUAGUUCUUCUGCUUUAUGAUGUUGCACGUGAGUUUGGGGUUUUUCCCCCCCCUCCUUCUCACUUUGGCUUGAGGUUGAAUGUUAUGGUGAGGAGAAGCUGCACAUGCCUGUUUGCAGCAGUGAUCCCUAGCACAGGUCCAGGGACCUGGAACACUGAGACACACAGGAAUAAAAGGAAUCAGCUGUGCCAAAACAGAUGUACACAGGAAUCCUGUCAGUCUCAAAUGAAUCCUGCGUGGAAAUAUCCUUAGGUUCAGGCUAAGGAGUUGAAUCAAGAAUGUUCAGGGGACACCCAUAGAAAGUGUUCACAGCUCCAGAAAAGAAUCAAGAUUACUUUUGCCACUAUCCCAAAGAAGGAGUGUUUUCCGCUUACAUCCACUGGGUUUGUCUGUCAUUUAAUGAACUGAGUUUGUAUUUGGAAAGUCAGUUUAAAAGGAUCCUUUGUGGUGGCAAAAAUAAAAGUCACAAGGUAAAUGCUUGGUCGCUACUUGGUCAAGUUUAUUGGUCAAGGAAAUGAGAAUAAAUUUGAAAGCCUGAACCACUCUCUGGUUUGUUUAUUUAUUUAUUUACUUACUUUAUUUUUUUAUUUCUUUGAUUUAUUUAUUUUUCAUGGUCCCAUUUUGUUUGCUCAUAGCAUGGCGAUGCCUCUUGCUUUUUCAAAAAGCUGUAUG